AUUGAUAUAAAAAGAUAGCUAGGUUUCACUUUAGAAUUCAGUUUACACUUUGCCUUUACAUUCCUUCACUUUUAAUAAUAUACAAAAACAUUCCCAAGGGAAUCGAGUUGAUCACCAUGUUAAGCUUUAGAUUCAUUCUCUUUUGUGUGGUGGCCAUUCUAUGCAUGUGUUUCUGUGUUGGAACCUCUCAAGUGAAGAAGUGUGUGGAGACAGAAAGGCAGGCUCUUCUCAAGUUAAAAGAUGGUUUCAUUCAUGGAACAGACUUUCUUUCAUCAUGGCAAGGUGAAGAUUGCUGUACAUGGGAAGGAAUUUCAUGUGAUAAUUUAACAGGUCACGUAACCAUCUUGGAUUUUCAAUUCUUAUCAGAUUAUUCCGCUGGACUGGGAGGUAAGUUAGAUUCUUCAAUUUGUGAACUGCAACAUCUGACUUCCACAGAUCUCAGUUCUAAUAACUUGGAAGAAAAGAUCCCAAACUGCAUUGGUUCACUUGGUCAAUUGAUAGAGUUGCAUCUUGAAAGAAAUAGACUUGUUAGUGCCAUUCCUCCCACAAUGGGGAACCUUUCCAAAUUGCAAACUCUUGACCUUUCAUAUAAUGAAUUUGUUGGUGUCGUUCCUCCUACUCUGGGGAACCUUUGCAAUUUGCAAACUCUUGUCCUUGCACAUAAUGAAUUUGAUGGUGUCAUUCCUCCUACUCUGGGGAACCUUUCCAAUUUGCAAACUCUUGACCUUAGUUAUAAUGAUUUGGUUUCAAAUGACCUUGAAUGGGUUUCUCACCUCUCUAACUUGAGAUACCUUUAUCUGUCAAAUACUACUCUUUUUGGAGUUGUUGAUUUGUUGUCAUCAAUUAGCAAAAUCCCAUCUCUAUUGGAGCUUUAUUUAAAUUGGUGUGGGCUGGGUCAAGUCAAUCCUAAAUCUAUUCCCCACCUGAAUUCUUCCACUUCUCUAGGAACUCUUGGUCUUGCACACAAUGAAUUAAACUCUUCAACUCUGUCGUGGAUGCUUAAUGUUAGCAAAGUCCUCACUCAUCUUUAUCUCUCAGGUAAUGAACUUGAGGGUAUCAUACCACAAUCCUUUCAAAAUUUGGGUCAACUUAAAGAGUUAUGGCUGAAUUCUAACAAAUUGUCUGGUCCACUCAGUGACCACAUACAAAACUUAGGUUCUUCACAAAAUAAUUUAGAAUUAUUGGAUCUCAGCGAUAACCCAUUUAGAAGUGGUCAAUUUCCUGAUUUUUCAUGGCUUUCAUCCUUGCAAACAUUAUCACUUCGGAAUACCAAUAUUGUUGGGUCAUUACCACAAUCAUUUGGUCACUUGCCUUUUCUUGCAUAUCUGGAUCUCAGUUUCAACCAACUGAGUGGAUCAUUGCCGUUAUUCAAGGUUACAGAGCUAACCUCGUUAACAGAAUUGCAUCUUUCCCAUAAUCGGUUGAACGGGACAGUUCCAUAUAUUAUUGGACAACUUUCUAGUCUCAAGAUAUUGUAUCUCUCUACAAAUGAGUUUAUUGGCAACAUUAGUGAAGCACAUCUGUCAAAUCUAUACAGUUUACGAGUUUUGAAUGUGGCUCACAAUUCAAUUUCGUUCAACUUGAGUUCAAAUUGGAUUCCACCUUUCCAACUGUCUAGAUUAUAUGCAUCAUCAUGCAUUUUGGGUCCUAAAUUUCCGGCAUGGCUCAAACAUCAAAGGGAACUUAAGGCACUAGAAAUCUAUAAUAGUGGUAUUUCAGAUCUGUUUCCUCAAUGGUUUUGGGACCUAUCUUCAGGAUUGGUGUACUUGAAUGUUUCACAUAACAGACUUAGUGGAGUCUUGCCAAAAUCACUACCAAUUAGUAGGGAAUCAACAUUUCCACGUGCAUGGGAUUUUAGUUUCAACAACUUGAUUGGUUCCCUACCUUCUUUUCCAGAAAGCAUAAAUAUUCUAGUUCUCUCAAAUAAUAUGUUUUCGGAGUCCCUAUCUUCAUUUUGUGCAAUGCCACCACGAGAUUUAACUAUUCUUGACCUGUCUAGUAACUUACUAGCUGGGCCACUUUCUGAUUGUUGGGGGGAAUUUCACAGCUUAGAAUUUCUGAAUUUGGCAAACAAUAAUUUCUCAGGGAAAAUACCCCAUUCAUUUGGCACUUUGCGAUAUAUUCAGUCGAUGCAUUUCAAUAACAACAACUUCUCCGGUGAAAUUCCAUCUUUGGCCUUUUGUAGCAAAUUGACAUUACUUGAUUUUGGAGAUAACAAUCUUGAAGGAGCAUUACCUACUUGGGUUGGCCAUGACUUGCAUGAUUUGAUUGUUUUGCGUUUACGGGCCAACAAAUUUCAUGGAAACAUACCUGCAAGUCUUUGUAAUCUUUUAUUUCUUCAAGUAUUGGAUCUCUCACAAAACAAUUUUACAGGGGAAAUACCACAAUGUCUCGGUCAUAUAAUUGCUUUGUCAAAUACCAAGUUUCCAAGAAAAACCAUUCUCUAUACCAUAAAUGAAUAUUCUGGUUUUGAAUAUACUAUUUAUUUUGUUUUCAUAGACGAAGCAACAUUGUCAUGGAAAGGAAAAGACAGAAAAUAUGGGAAAAUUCUUGGGCUUAUGACAAGCAUUGAUCUUUCUUGCAACCACUUAACAGGAGAGAUACCUCAAAGUAUAACAAUGCUUGUGGCAUUAGUUGGCUUGAAUCUUUCAGGAAAUAAUCUCACGGGAUUCAUUCCCAACAACAUUGGUCAUAUGCAAAUGUUGGAAUCACUUGACUUGUCAAGAAACCAUCUCUAUGGUAGAAUGCCAUCAAGCUUUUCCAAUUUGAGUUUUCUUAGUUACAUGAACUUGUCUUUUAAUAACUUGUCAGGAAAAAUUCCAGUAAGCACUCAAUUACAAUCAUUUGAUGCCUCUACAUACGAAGGGAACAGUGGGCUCUGUGGCCCACCACUCACAAACCAUUGCCUAGGGGAUGUGAUUUCACCAUCUGGAAGCAGUGGCCAAAAUGGCACUAAUGAAGACAAAGAUGAGCUCAUAACCUUUGGGUUUUACAUCAGCUUGGGAUUGGGAUUUUGUGUUGGAUUUUGGGCAGUUUGUGGAACUUUAUUGGUAAAAACUUCAUGGAGACAUGCCUACUUUCAGUUCAUGAACAACAUGUGUGAUUGGAUGUAUGUGUCACUAGCUAUGUUUGCUGCUAGAAUGAAGAUGAAAUUCAAAGUCCAAGAAUAAUAGGAACAACUCCGUUUGAGAGGGUGAUGAAGAUAUGAUGCAAUACCUUGGUUAAUUUGAUAGAGAUGUCUGUCCAUGUAACAAAUAAAAAAUGUAAGAGUAUUUUGUGCUAAAUUUUCUUUUAUCUAUAGCCAUUGUUUUAAUGUUGUCCUCAGUCCUUAGUGCCUGUUUGGAUCCUCUCUUUUUUAAGCUAGAAGCUACUUAUAAGCAUAAGUUAGGCCAAAUAGGUUUUGGGAAAAGCUCUUAUAACGAAAAGCUCUUUUUUUUAUAAUGAAGAAAAAAGAUGAAAACUAAAAACUCCUAGGAGGAGCUUUUUUUUAAGCUCUCAUCUAUUUUUCUUGAAUUGUGUGUUUUUUAUUAAUUGAAGAGUGAUAAAGAUAGAGAGAGAUAUAAUUUUCUUGAAAUAUGUGCUUUUAAGUAAUUUUUAAGUUAAAACUUUUUGUAAU